AUGGAGGCAGGGUUGUGUUGGCAUAUUUCAUCUGAAAUUCUGAUGGCUUCUGCAAGUGCCCCGCUCAAGAAUGUUGCCAAGGCUACAAAGAGAAUCCUCAUGUGUCGUCCCACGUACUUCCAGCUGACAUACUCGAUCAAUCCAUGGAUGGAUAUGCGACGUGGGGUGAAUCGACCCAAAGCCAUGGAACAAUGGGAAAAGCUUAAGUCGACAUUGGAAGAAUGUGGAGCUCGUGUCGACGUCAUGGAAGCUGACGUAAGCCACGUUAUUCAUAUUGAAUAUCUGAUUUGCAAUUUGGGUGCCCAUUUCGAUGGGGGCAUUGAGAGCCAGAGGGCUUUCCUCAGUUUUUUGGAAGCAAUCAUUCGGGCAGUCGCUAGGCAUGAGUCAGAUACAGAGAACGACCAGGGAACAAAGAAAAACAAUAAUUACCAAAAUCUUUGA